AUGGCUAGAGGGAGGCGGGGAUGGGGUGGAGGAGAACCCAGGGGCCAGGCCGGCCCCUUGGGAGCCCUUACUCUGGCUGCAUUGGCUGAGGGGAUUCAGAUCAGCCGAGGGGCUACUGGACCCAGUCAAGGGCAGCCCCGCCAGGAGCCCCAGGAGCCCGAGAACCCCACUGAACCAGUCACUGCACCAAGGACAGAGAGUCCGGAACCUGAUCCUGCCACUGGGGAACUGAAGAAUGAGCCCCACUCCCCAAAGGCUUCUAGCUCAGACUCUGAGCCCAAGCCCUGGGAGCCUGAACAGCACCCCCAGUGCCUGCUGGUCCCUGGUUCCUUGGCAGAUUUUGCUCUUCAAACUGUGGUCUCUCUUGAGGAUGCUGGUAUCUCAGGGACCCAGGCCUUGGCCUUCAGUCUCUCCUCAGCCUUGGAGGCUCAGGGAGGACAGCUCCCAGAAAAGGUACGGGAGGUGGUCCAGGGACUGCAUGGACAGAUGGCCCAGCUUGUAGAAGGCAGGGCAAGGAGGGUGGCCCUGAGGGCGCUUUGCUCAUUGGCUGCAGAACACACACAAGAAGUGGUCCAGACCCUGCUGCCUCAUUCUCUGCCCUGUGACAGGGCAGCAGCUGAGUUGUGGCGGGGCCUGAGCAGGAACCAGAGGGUGAACGGGCUGGUCCUGGUACACUUGCUUCAGGAGGUGAAGGGCCCACCCCAGAGCCAAGGCCUCAGCCCCAGCUCCAGCCCAGGCCCGAGUCGCCAGGAUGCCAAGCCCUAUACCCAGGCAUUGGCUGCCACAAGGGCGCUGGGAGAGAUGCUGUCCGUGUCAGGAUGUGUGGCUGCCACUCGGGGCUUCUAUCCCCAAGUGCUCAUCGCACUGGUCACACAGCUGCACCAGCUGGCCUGGGGUGUCCACUCCCCCCAGACCCAAGUGAAGGUCCGGGGUCCUCCCUCCAACCAUGCCAGCUGUGCGGUGGAAGCCUUGAAGGCCCUGCUCAGUGGGGACGGAGGCCGAAUGGUGGUGACCUGUAUGGAGCAAAGUGGGGGCUGGAGGCGCCUCAUGGGAUCUGGGACCCAUCUGGAGGGUGUCCUCUUGCUGGCCAGUGCCCUUGUGGCUCAUGCUGACCACCACCUGCGUGGGCUCUUUGCAGACCUGCUUCCACGGCUACAGAGCACUGAUAAGGCUCCACGCCUGACAGCGAUGGCCUUCUUCACAGGGCUUCUUCAGAGUCAGCCCACGGCAAGGCUGCUGAGAGAUGAAGCCAUUGUACAACGUCUGACUGCCUGGCAGGGGGACCCUGAGCCCACAGUGCGAUGGCUGGGCCUCCUGGGCCUGGGUCACCUUGCCCUGAACCACAGAAAGGCGCGGCACGUGGGGACGCUGCUCCGGGCUCUGCUGGACGCACUCGGAGAGGCGGACACGCGGCUGGUGGGGGCGGCCUUGGGCGCGCUCCGGAGGCUCUUGCUGAGGCCGCGGGCUCGGGCGCGGGUGAGCGCGCAUUGCGCCAGCCUGGGCACGCGCCUGAGGCCGCUGCUGGACCACUGUCAGGAUUCGGUCCGAGCCUCGGCCAUUGGGCUCCUGGGCACACUGGUGGGUCAGUGCUCUCUGCGGCGUGCUAGGAUGGUGCGUGAGCUGGUGCUGGGCAGCCUGGUGACCCUGCUGCUGCGCCUACAAGACCCGAGCCUGGAUGCUGCCGAGAGCGCAGAGUGGACGUUAGCUCGCUGUGAUCGAUUCCUGCACUGGAGGCUUUUGGAGGAGAUCUCAGCCAUGGCUCACUAUGACAGCCCUGAGGCUCUAAGCCGAACCUGUGGACGACUGGUGCAGUGGUACCCACGCAGAGCCUCUGACUUCUUGAGCCAGGCCCAGGGCUACCUGAGGAGUCCUGAGGUUCCCAUUCGCAGGGUGGCAGCCAUGUUCAUAGGGUUUCUGAUCCAUCACAUGGACCCUGACUGUGUCAACCCUGGCCUGGUGGAUUCACUGCUGCAUGACCUUGGGGAAAUGCAGUGGGAUACCGAGACUUGCAUCCGAGAUGUCUCCCACAUCACUAUGCAUCAAGUUCGGCUGGUGUGCCAAGACCAGGACUCCCCUGGACAUGGCAACUUCUCCCCUUGGCAGCUGUUUUGCUGCUGGGGCCACCGCCAAGAGCGAGAGAGACCAGUCUACGAGGACAGCCCCUUCAAGCCUAGGAGCCGGGCUGGCCUGUGGGGUUGUGGGAGGCCAUCCUGAGCUACCUUCUGGCUCUGUUCUGAUGAGAACUUGUUCAACCAAGGAAGCAAGUUGCUUGCUCUUGUCCAUCCCUCCCCUAGGCAUUCACAACCUAGGCAUAGCUAUGGAGUCCUUAAGCUCCUCAUGGGGGGACCUUCCCAGGGAGAUCUGCCUGGGAACCUGUUCCGAGGUAAAGAGAGAAGCCCUUACUGCAUGCAGCCUGAGGCCCAAGCUGGGUGUCAAACCCUGUCCAGAGAAAGUGGGCAUUUUUCUCUCCCUCUCUCCCCAAAGGGAGAAGCUUUUUCUGUCUUUGUCUUUUUGACUGAUAGGGAGAUUUCCACCUGGCCCUGAGAGAGGAGGCACGAGGCUGCCCACUCUCUCCUUAGCCAAGAGGAUGCUAGAGGCAAGGACAGAGAGCCAAAUGCUACCUCAGAAUCCAAUCCCUCGACAUCUCCUGUACCCCAAUCCUUGUCCUCUGUCCUACUCCCUUCAAAAGUGGUCUGUGGGACAUGGCGGAAAGACUGGGUGGUAGUGCCAGAUCAGCCAUCACUAGCAUCGUGGCCUUCAUCACUCUCUGAUACAUCUCUUGUGAAAUGGAGAUGGUGAUCCCUGCCUCUUGAACAGAGAGCUGUUGGGAGGAAAGUGCUUUGUAGACCAUGAAGCUAUAAAAGAAAUGAGAGCUGCCACCCCUCCUCAGAACCAGUCCCCUCAGCCUGGGGGCAUCGGGCAGAGCCCAAGGGAUCAGACCCCAGAGAGCCCAGAGCUCGAGCCAGGCCCAGGGGCACUUUAUAGACAGAUGCUUCUUAUGCACCAAUGGAUAGUGUUGAGAUGUUUUUUCUCUCCGUGGAGAUGCUGUGCCUUCCUGCUAAACUAUAAGCUCUUUGAGGGCAGGGGCUUCAACUUACUCAUCCUUGUCCCAACCCACUACUCUAGCUCUAAGCAUUUUUCCCUUCUCUAAAAUGGGAAGGUUACUUGUCUCCCCAUCUCAUUGUGAGUUGUGAGGAAUUUUUUUUGAUUGAGUAGUUUAAGUCAUAUCCAACUCUUUGGGACCCCAUUUUGGAGUUUUCUUGGCAAGCAUA